AUGGUUGCUUUUUACCAGUCUUGGUUGGUUGUGUUGGGGUUGUUGGCGGUGGUCGAUUCCUCUCUCAUUGAUAUUUCGCUCGAUGGCCAGUUGUGUGGAGAUUACAACACUGCUAUACGAAAGGAAUGGGGAGAGUUGAAGCGAGCUGAGCGCAUCGACUAUACAGAUGCGGUGCUGUGCAUGCAACGGCAGCCUCAGCAUCUUCCAAGAGAAGAGUAUCCAGGAGUGCGCAACCGGUUCGAUGACUUUGUGGCAACCCACAUCAAUUACACACUCAGCGUCCACUACAGCGGUCUGUUCCUCCCGUGGCAUCGUCACUUCCUCUGGCUCUGGGAGACAGCCCUGCGAGACGAGUGUGGCUACUCUGGAUAUCUCCCGUACUGGGACUGGCCAUUAUGGUCGGAGAAUCUCAAGGCCAGUCCUCUCUUCGACUGCAGCGAUAGCUCCCUCUCCGGCGACGGAGAACCCAACCCAGGCGAACAAAGCAUCCAUGGGGGUACAGUAACUCUACCCCCGGGCACCGGAGGCGGCUGUGUCCGCUGCGGCCCCUUCAAAGACAUGGAAAUCCACCUAGGCCCGUUCGACCGCAACAUCGUCUCCUUCAAUGAGAUCCCGGCCCCAGGCUUCGACUACAACCCGCGCUGCUUCAACCGCAGUCUCAACAACUUCGUCAGCAUGAACUACGAUAACGAGACCAUCGUCGAUCGUCUGCUCGCAGCGACCGACAUUGCCGAUUUUCAAACCGUCAUGGACCACUGGCCCGCGCGGCCAGACGGGGUCUUGGGCGCACACGGGGGAGGCCAUUUCAGUCUCGGCGCAACCCUCCAAGACCUGUUCUCGUCGCCUCAGGACCCGGCGUUCAUGCUGCACCAUGCAAUGAUCGAUCGGUUGUGGAGUAUUUGGCAAGGUCAGGAGGAGUCGCAUCGGUACGCGCUCAAUGGGACGAGCACGAUCCUAAACCCGCCGAAUGGGACGAUUGUCACACUGGAUACGGUGAUGGAAUUCGGGGUUCUUGGUCGGCCUCGGUCGGUCGGCGAAACUAUGGAUCCCGGCCGAGAUGGGUACUGCUAUUCAUAUACUUGA